AUGACGGAGUGGUCGGCUAGUCAAGGCGAUGAGUUAAUGACUAGUAGUCAAGAAGAAGCUUGUUUGAUCGGUGCUCGUAGGGUGGAACAGCAAGGUGGGAACCCCUUGUUUGGUGUGGAUGUGGAAAGGGUUGGGGCUCCGCGAUCGUGGCGUGAAGGGACGGUGGUUCAGGAUCGAUUGCAGUUAAGGCUUCGUCAAUUGAGAGUACCGGAGGAGGAUUUGUUAGGCGAAGCAAUUACCGAGGCGUUCAGACAAGGUUUCGUAACGCGGUACGCGAACGUGGUUAUGCACUGGCGAAUUAUUCCAUGCAGUUUGCUGUCCAUCACAGCAGCUGUACUCAUGUGUGGACUCGAAGUCCUAUCAUCACAUUAACCGAUUGGCUUGAAAGUAACCAGAGGUCAAGAGAGUGGUUGGAGAAAGUGGCCAAACAGUUGAAUUCCACAGGGGAUUUAGAUGCAACCGGGGGUGAAUUUUAUGCCCAGAUGACGUUUGUCAAAAAUCCCGGGCGAGGUGCUGGUCGCAAAGGUAAAAAACACAAUCCUGGACGGAUGUUCUGUGAAGCUCUGCUGAAGAAAAAGAACUGCAUCAUUUAGAUCAAGAACAAAGACGAACUUUGUUGCGCUGGCGCAAUAGUCACCCUUAAGCACAGAGUGGAUAAUGAUCCGCAGUAUCGUAAUAUAGUGCAAGGUCGUGGCCUUCAAGGUUUUUUAGCUAGUAAAUUACAUCGAGAAGAGGGUGCAGCGCAAGGCGUCUGUGGUCGGGAAGAGUUGAAGCAGUUUCAGGAGUAUCUGGGUUUAGAGUAUCAGCUGAUUGUGUUGGAAGGGUUGAAAGGGACGAUUUUGUUUAAAGACAAACAGUAUGAUCGGGCGCCGAACGUGAUUGCCCUGCUGAAACACAGAACCACUAUCAUGGCGUGA